UGAUGCAGACAUUAUGCCACACUGUCUAAUAUACAUAGUUUAUUAAAUUCAAUGCAAUUUUGUUUAAUUUAUAACAAAUGCGAGCUGUGAUACAAAGAGUAAAGGCCGCUCAGGUCACGGUUAUGGGGGACUUGGUGUCCUCCAUUGGACCCGGUUUGUGCGUACUUGUGGGACUAAAGACCAACGAUACCAAAGCAGAUGUGGAAUACAUGGUACGGAAGAUUCUGGCGCUUCGUUUGUUUGAGGACGAGGCCGGCAAACGUUGGCAAAAAUCAGCAAAAGAUCUGGAGUUGGAGAUUCUUUGUGUGUCCCAGUUCACUCUCUAUAACAGACUGAAGGGCAACAAACCAGAUUUUUCAGCUGCUAUGAAGGGUGACGAAGCCCAAGAGCUCUAUAAGCAUUUCCUUGAUCGUUUAAAGCUAUCCUAUGAUUCCAGCAAAAUCAAAGAUGGAAAAUUUGGUGCCUAUAUGCAAGUACAUAUACAAAAUGAUGGCCCCGUGACUAUAGAUCUAGAGUCUCCGGAUCAGAAGGUUGAGAAGGAGCAUGUGGAUAAAUAAAAUAUAUUUUUAUACCAAAAUAUAAUAUAAUCGACAUAUGUAUAUGUACAUAUUCUGUACUUUAUUUAGCAACUUAAAAACUAUUUACAUCUGUUCAGAAAAUUAUAUCAUUUCCCUUUCUGCUUAA